AUGGAGAUCAAAGUGAGGACUCUAAAAGGCAAAGAAAUAAAGAUUAAGAUUGAUCCAACGGAUACAAUUGAACGGAUAAAGGAACGAAUAGAAGAGAUAGAAGGAAUUCCUCCUCUUCAGCAAAGGAUCAUCUACACUGGGAAACAACUUGCUGAUGAUCAAACAGCCAAACAUUACAACAUCGAACGUGGCUCUACUCUUCAUCUUGUUCUUGCUCUUAGAGGUGGUUUUUAA